UUGAAGACGUACUCCGAUUCGACGACUGAAAAUGCACCACGUAAGGAAAACGCGACUGAAAAUGCACCACGUAAGGAAAACGCGACUGAAAAUGCACCACGUAAGGAAAACGCGACUGACAAAAAAACGCAUUUGCCGAACGUUUUCAGAAGGCUUUCGUUCAUCAUUCUCGAAAGGCUUUCUUGUGGGCAUGAACUGUGUACGACUUGCCUAGAAGAUGCGCGCAAAGCACAGCAACCAGGUAGACGUGAAAAUGAUUCAGGACUUAUCUCGUGUUGCGAUUGCUUUGCUGGAUGUUUACGAGAAUUUAAAGAUUGUUUUGCAGUUUGCCCAGUAGAAAAGUGCAACGAGCCGUUGACUGAUGUGGCUGAUGAUGUUGACACUUGCGAUGGUCCUUGUAAGCAGGCGUUCAAUGAUGAGAGUAAAUUCGUUACGACAAAAUGUUGUGGCGCACAUCUGUGUUUCACAUGUGCUGAGAAGAUUUUUGGUAGAACGAUAACGAAAGAGGAGGACCUGAAAUGUCCCAAUGCAUGCAUCUUGAAGAAGUCGAGAUUGCCGCCACCAGAAGCAGCGGAUCAACCAGUAACAUGUAAAGGAAAAGAGAAUUGCCAGGGAACAAUACUCAAUGGAUUUCCAUCUCGUGGCGAAUGCGAUCACGAAAUGUGUUUACAGUGCCUCGAUGAAAUGAUUGACGAAUGCCAAAGAAGUGGAUCGAUGCCCAGAUGUCCUAAUCUGACGUGCAAUACGUUUUACUGCGUUGAUUCAGUGGUUGCUCUCAAAACACUACUCCCAGAACGAGCAAGUUAUUUCAAUGAUCUUGCGCUUGGAAAUCAGACGUACGAUGCUAUUAGAGAUGACACUGUUGCGUCAAUCGAGUUCGAUCGGAAAUUCAAAUCUGCUGGUCGUCUGUUAGAUAUCAAGGUACAGACAAGCGAUGAUGAUACAACGUCAACAGUACCAUUUGACCAACGAGGCAACUUGGCAGAUUUGAUUCGUGAAAUUCGACGAGAACUUAAAAUAUUUCCUCUUGACAAGGUUUAUGGCUAUUACAUUCGUCGACCGAGCGGUGAGGACGAUGAAAAGAAGCCUGAUGAAGAAAUAACGAUUGACAGUCAGUCAGUGAAGCGACCUAUUAAUGAAUUCAAUAUCACUUCUGAAUGUACACUCAUCGCGGAUACGAGUGGCAUCGUUCAACCGAAAACUGCCACGUUGAGCAAUGCAAAUGAAAUUUAA